CCACGCCUCGAUCCAAGAUCAUCGGCACUCAUGCAUGGUAUUCCAUAAAAUUAACGGCAUUAGAGAUGAUGGUUAGAGGACGUUGGGAGCGGUACUAAUCACCCUUUCUCGCCAUGACUCGCCCUGCUGGUGCGAGCUUCGCCCAGUUCUUCCCUGCUGCGCCUCGAGCUGCAAGGGACAGGGCAAUGGAACGCGAGAGGGCGAAAGCGAAAGCACAGGAGUCUCCAUCUGCGCAAGCAGCCGGCCUCAAUGGCCAGCGCACCACGUUGACCCCUUCACAAUCGUCUCAACGAGACAACGGCCCCAUCCCCAUAACCGGCUUCGCAUCAAGAGCAUCGAUGAAUGGCGCUGGACGCGAUGCAGCGCACUUCUCGACGGACGAGAACGAGUCGCUUGCCGGAGAUACUCUCAACGCUGCUGGAUCGGCCAGCUCGCAUACUAGCUCCAGCUGUUCCGUCUUUAGUGCUCCUGCGCAACCGAGCGACUGCGGUCUCUACAAGAGCUCCAGUCUCCAACCCAGCCCUGCCACUACAAUCGCUUCUCUCUCACAUCAUCCAUCUACAAGUGGCCCUGUAAAGGCGCAGUCGACUACUCCCCGCCGUCCCGACGGACUUGACGGACACGGACAUACCCCGAUGCUCAACGGAACUGCUCAUGAGGCCCCGGCUGCCGAACGCGUGCCUGCCCGAGACCCGUCCCGCUCGACUACGUGUAUCAGGUGCACAUAUGACCCUCUUCUGGAUACUUCGCUUUCGAGCUCCGAGAGGAGGAAGGCAAAACCGAUAUACAAAGAGUUUGGAUUGGGCGAUCAAGAUGACGCUCCCCCCUCAGACCCUCGCCUGGCUAAGGGUGGGAGAUUGAACUACAUCAACGUCGAUUUCCACCUUCCGAAGGCUCGCCUACGCCAUGCCCCGUACAACCUGAAGCCAUGGGCGUAUGAUCCAAAAACCUCCUGUGGCCCGGGGCCGCCCACCCAAGUUGUGGUGACGGGCUUCAACCCGCUCAUUGCCUUCUCCAAGGUCACAGCAGUAUUCGCUUCUUUUGGCGAUAUCGCCGAAAGCAGCAACAAGAUGCACCCGGAGACUGGCUGCUACCUAGGCUUUGCCACAUUUCGCUAUAGGGAUUCAAAGCCGAGCCGCUCACGUCCUGUUCCAGUCACCGCGGUCGACGCGGCAAAGCGCGCCAUUCGGGCAAUGCAUGGGAAGAGAAUUGAGGCGAACACGAUCCGCGUUGAAUAUGACGCUGAGGGUAGAAAGAGCUCUCGUAUGCUCGAAGAGGUGCUGAAUAAAGGUGAAGAACCCACGCAGACGUCAGCACAAACCCUGGGGGAGCCAAAAAUUCCCACGGGCCCCAGGUCUAAAGAAGUCAUACCCGGCCCCCCUCCGACCGCACCUAAGGGCCCUGCAGCGCAUCGUGCCCUGAACAUUCAGGGUGCCUGGCUGCCGAAGCCUAGACCGGAUUCAGUGAUAGAGGCGGACCCCAUCGCGAUACAUCUCAAGCAUGAUCCGUACAUCUUUGUUGCGCACGAACAUGUCCCUGUGAUGUCCACCACCAUCGCACACAUGAAGAGACGUCUGAAGACCUACAUGUUCGAGGAUAUCCGGGCAGACAGGAGUGGGUACUACAUCGUCUUUCAGGAUUCGGGAUAUGGACGUGCCGAGGCCGAGCGGUGCUACAGAUGUGCGGAUCGUACUGCGUUCUUCACCUACACCAUGGUCAUGGAUCUCCACCUGUACGGGACCGCUGGCAAAAGCUCGCGUAACUCGGACGCUCGGCGGCGGAGUCGCACACCGGACAGGCAACAUUUUGAUGAUGGUCGGUUGCAUCGUGAGCACGACCGCAGCAGGCGCGACGAAGAGCGAACCAGGCGUGAGGAACACGAGCGGCGCAGGCGCGAAGAGGAGGCAGAUCUGGAGGAGGAGAAGCGGCAGAGGGCGAAAAACUUCGAUCCAGUCCUAGAAGCCGCCGAUGUGGUUCUCCGGGAGAUGAAGGAGCAGCUGAUCAAGCAUAUCCGCACCAAGAUCGCGGCGCCGGCUCUGUUCAACUUUCUCGAUCCUGUCAACCACAUUGCCAAGCGACGCAGGCUGAAUAUCGAGGAUCCACAGGGCGCCAGGCUUCCCCCUAUCGUGUUGGACGAUUACGAAGACCGAUCUCCGGUUGGCACUCCAAAUUCCAGGGCAGAUCCUAUCGAGCGAAGAACAGCCCGUCUCGAUGUUUCUGCGCUGCCUCGUAUUCGCAAGCUCAAGAACGCACCGUUGAAUACCCGUAAGCAUGGGUUCAACGACCCAUUUGCGCGGGAUCGGCCCGUGGCAAGGCGCAGCGCGUUCCGGUCACUCCACUACCGCCUGAGGAGUGACAGUGAAGCUGAAUCCGAGGACGAAACUGAGAAUAGAACGUCGCUCGGUAGGGACACAGAAGAGCCGGAGUCUCGGCCUCGGAGCCGUAUGAGCUCUGACGACGAGGCAGACAAAGACUACGCAUCUUGGGGCCCCGGGGACGAAGAUUCCAUGACGGAGGCGAGCUUUGCCCUCAACGAUGGCUCGAUGCUCCCCAAGAAGAGGAAGCUGGAUCUCCAGGUCGAAACAGCCAUUAAACGGCAGAAGAAGACGGAUGAAGAGCUUUUCGGAGUGACUAUCGAUCGCCUCGAAAUCGACUUCCCAUCUAGGGAACCUUUCUCGGAGGAUAUUCUUCUUCCAGAUGGUGAAGCCGUAGUGGGGAAGGAUACCGACGGCUCGCGGUUGCCAACGCCCCUGCCGCAGGAAGUCACUGCUAAGAAGAAGGCGGCCUCGAAGACGAAGAAGAAAACAAAGAAGCAGCUGUUUGAGGAGAGAGAAGCCCUCAAGCGGCAGCAGCAAGAAAUAUUCGAGAAAGAGGCUCUGCGAUCGGAAGAGGUUGACGAAGCGCGGCCAACACCAGAGGCGGAGACUGAGCUUAAGAAGCCCGAGGCGGAAGAGGACGAGAGACCGGACCUGGAUGAGAAUCUGUAUCCGUCCGAGAAAGUCUCUGCUCUUGAGCUUCCUCCGGAUUUCAGGUUCGAUGUGGCGGCGUUGCAAGAGUUGGCGCUUGCAGAUUCAGACCAGCCGGACAUUGAUAGGCUCCGUAAGAGGUUCGGCCGCGGCAAGAUCGAUGAGCCGGAGCUCUGGUUAUGGAGGCGGGAUCGCAUCCGUGAGCUAAACUCGGCCGACGGGACAGCGAGGAAUCCAGUGCGCAUCGAGGGUUAUUAUGUCCCCAACCCGACAGGCUGCGCCAGAACCGAAGGAGUCAAAAAGAUCCUCAACUCGGAGAAGUCGAAGUAUCUCCCUCAUCACCUGAAGGUCAAGAAGGCCAGAGAGGAGCGCCAAGCGCAAACAGGCAAGAAUGCCAAGGAUGCGGUUUUGGCUGCGGCGGAGGCGGCCAGACUGGCCGCGGAGAGCCUCGUUGCCAAGGGCAAUUCGCGGGCCAACAGGGCCAACAACCGUCGCUUCGUCGCCGACCUCAACGACCAGAGGAAGACACUUGGUCAGGAUUCCGAUGUCCUGCGGUUCAACCAGCUCAAGAAGCGAAAGAAGCCUGUCAAAUUCGCCCGGUCGGCUAUCCACAACUGGGGUUUGUAUGCCAUGGAGAACAUCCCCAAGGAUGACAUGAUUAUCGAGUACGUCGGCGAGGAGGUCCGACAGCAGAUCGCCGAGCUCCGCGAACACAGAUACCUAAAGAGCGGCAUUGGCAGUAGCUACCUCUUCCGCAUUGACGACAACACCGUCAUCGACGCGACCAAGAAGGGCGGCAUCGCGCGGUUCAUCAACCACAGCUGCACGCCCAACUGCACGGCGAAGAUCAUCAAGGUGGAGGGGAGCAAGCGGAUCGUAAUCUAUGCCCUCCGGGACAUCGCACAGAACGAGGAGUUAACGUAUGACUACAAAUUCGAACGCGAGCUUGGCAGCACAGACCGGAUACCUUGCCUUUGCGGAACGGCGGCAUGCAAGGGCUUCCUCAACUAAAGCCUCACAACUCGAUUCCUAAUCCUCAUAAUGUCUGUCUGCCUUCAGCGCCGCUUUAGCGUGGGCUGUUUAUCACAUGCCAUCCGGUCG